GUCCGAAUUCUAGGAACAAAUUUAUGGUUACUAGGACGUUCUUGGAUGUUUGCAUUUGAGGUUUAGGUGUUACCCGUGGGGAUUAGAACGCAGGUGAAGGCCCUUGGCCAGCAUGGGCUCUGGAAAAUAAUGGUGAAAGUGAAUGAAUUAAUCACUAAAAAUCGGUGCGGAGCUUACAGCGCAGAGUGAGCAGUGUCGCCGUGACGGGCCGGGAGCAUCCGCAGCAAACGGAGACUGCGCAGCUGCGGGCCACCCUCCCUUCCAAGGUGCCCUCAGGGUUCUCUGGAGUUGCGUUGCAUUUCUAGGACAUACCCUGGGCCCAAUCUUCAAGAGGCUUCAAAUCCUCACCUCUGGCACCUAGAUAUUUUGCCGCUUCCAGACAUCCAGUCAUAAGUGACUGGGGAGGCACUCUCCAACAAAGGCCUCCAUUCCUUGACACAUGGACCCCUCCACAGCCUGCUGUUGAAUUGAGUGGCCUCAUUUCAUGGCAUCUGGCUUCCCACGAAGGAGAGACUCAAGAGGGAGAGAAGUGUGAGCAGGUGCCACUGAGACUCUGAGAUGCCAGGACAUGGCUUAUCUCUUGCAACAUCAGCAUCUGUAGGGACCAAGGUGUGGACUCCGAUGGAAACUGAUCUGGAAGAAGACUCUGACAUCAUUAAUUAACACACCACGGAAAGAAUCUGACAGAACUGGUAGCCAAGUCCAGAAAACGAAUACCAAAACACUAUGAAUUUGUCAGCAUGUUUGCAGGAGGAUUGAGGAGAAUGGAGGCCCUUAGCUGUUUGCAAGCCCAAAUGGGUCUACUGUGCAGUUUGGUCAGAGUGUCAUGAGGUCCCGGGUCUGGCUACCUCUCCCUAGAUGGGGUCAAAUCCUGCCUCAUUUGUUCCCUAAGGAGCCAGUGGUCAGGAAUCUUCUACUGCUUUUACCUCUGCCCCACAGGCCACCUAGUCCAGAGCUGGUGACGUGGAUACCCGGGAAAAGCAUGCUCGUUCAAAAAGUGGGAAAGCCAGUAUGUCUCCUGACUUUGAAAGUGGUGGCCUUAUGAAGAAGAGGUCCUAGAGUGCAAUGCCCCCUGCUCAUCAAAACCAGGAUUUGAAGAUCUCUAAUUAACUGGAGUGUUCCAAACCACACAGAGAUUCUAGUUUUGGAAGUGUGGAGCCAAGAGCCUUCUAUCAAAGGGCCUAUUCAGAAAGAAAGCAGAAAGAAAAUGACAUCGUUGCUAGUCUGCUGUAUAUUAAGAUAUUAUCAGAGAGAACUGUGGAACUUGUCCUUGGGGAGCCAUCAAAUCCAGAAUCCAGAGGUCCUCAAAGAGACCUACAGGUUUUUACCAGCAUAACUGUACAUUGAAGAAAAGGAAAUAAUCUGAUCUUUUAGAGACUACUGGAUGCUGACUCCAAACUGACACUAACUCCAGGGGACCUGGAACAUCACUGUGGCCAUGAAGUCAGAAUAUAUGCUUGUGUAGGUCAGGUGAUCAAUGGAGUUUUAGCUCAGGUCCAUUUCACUGUGGGUCCAGUGGGUCUCCGAACCCAUUCUGUGAUUAUUUCCCCAUUUCCAGAAUUUAUCAUUGGAAUAGACCUACUGAGAACUUGCAAAAUCCUCACAUUUGUUUCCCGAACUGUGGAGUAAGGGCUUCUGUGAUGGAAGAGGCCAACUGAAAGUCAUCAGAACGGCCUCUACCUAGGAAAAUAGUGAAUUGAAUGCAAUACCGCAUCUUUGGAGGAAUCAUAGAGAUUGGUGCCACCAUCAAGGACUUGAAAGAUACAAGAUUGGUGAUUGUCACACAUCCCUAUUUAAUUUUCCUAUUUGAACUGUUCAGAAGAAAGAUGGAUCUUGGAGACUGACAGUGGAUUGUGGUAAGCUUGACCAGCUGGUGACUCUGACUGCUAUUGCUGCACCAUCUUUUCAUGCUCUCAGACAUCGGCACUCCUGGUUCUUGGGCCUGUGGACUCAGACUUACACAUCGGCUCCCCAGUUCCUCAGGACUUCAGACCUGGACUAAAUUAUACCACCAGCUUUCCUGGUUCUCCAGUUUGCAGAGAGCAGAUCAUGAGUCUUCUCAGCCUCCAUCAUCAUAUCUUCAGUUUAGAUCUUGGAGGAAUAUCAACUGUGGUUUUAAAUGGCUAUGAUGUAGUAAAAGAAUGCCUUGUUCAUCAAAGUGAGAUUUUUGCAGACAGACCAUGCCUUCCUUUAUUCAUGAAGAUGACAAAAAUGGGAGGCUUACUUAAUUCCAGAUAUGGUCGAGGAUGGAUUGAUCACAGAAGAUUAGCUGUAAAUAGCUUUCGCUAUUUUGGAUAUGGUCAAAAGUCUUUUGAAUCUAAAAUCUUAGAAGAAACCAAAUUUUUUAUUGAUGUUAUUGAAACAUACAAAGGUAGACCUUUUGACUUGAAACAAUUAAUAACAAAUGCUGUUUCAAACAUAACUAAUCUGAUCAUUUUUGGAGAACGAUUCACUUAUGAAGACACUGAUUUUCAGCACAUGAUUGAGUUAUUCAGUGAAAAUGUGGAACUGGCUGCCAGUGCCUCCGUCUUCCUGUAUAAUGCCUUUCCAUGGAUUGGCAUCUUACCUUUUGGAAAACAUCAACAGCUAUUUAGAAAUGCAGCUGUGGUCUAUGAUUUUCUCUCCAGGCUUAUUGAAAAAGCUUCCAUCAACAGAAAGCCUCAGUUACCUCAGCAUUUCGUUGAUGCUUAUUUGGAUGAGAUGGAUCAAGGUAAAAAUGACCCAUCAUCUACUUUCUCCAGAGAAAAUCUUAUUUUUUCCGUGGGUGAACUCAUCAUUGCUGGAACCGAAACUACAACCAAUGUGCUACGGUGGGCAGUUCUUUUCAUGGCCCUUUAUCCUAACAUUCAAGGACAAGUUCAGAAAGAGAUCGAUUUAAUUAUGGGACCCACUGGGAAGCCUUCUUGGGAUGACAAAUGCAAAAUGCCUUAUACCGAGGCAGUUUUGCAUGAAGUUUUAAGAUUCUGUAAUAUAGUGCCAUUAGGGAUUUUCCACGCAACCUCUGAAGGUGCAGUCGUACGCGGUUAUUCCAUUCCUAAAGGCACGACAGUAAUUACCAAUCUUUAUUCUGUACACUUUGAUGAAAAGUACUGGAGAAACCCAGAAAUAUUCUAUCCUGAGCGUUUUCUGGACAGCAGUGGCUAUUUUGCCAAGAAAGAAGCUUUGGUUCCUUUUUCCUUGGGGAGAAGACACUGUCUUGGAGAACAGCUGGCUCGGAUGGAAAUGUUCCUGUUUUUUACAACAUUGCUUCAGAGGUUUCACCUGCAUUUUCCACAUGAACUGGUUCCAGAUCUGAAGCCCAGAUUAGGCAUGACAUUGCAACCCCAGCCCUACCUCAUCUGUGCAGAAAGGCGCUGAAAGUGCGUGGAUGUUUUCUGGGAAAAGGCUAUCUGGUUGCCUUUUACCUCUGAACCUUGUUUAUCUAAUCAGUGUGCGCGUUUGGACAAAAAUCACAGCAUCAUAAAGCCAAAUGAACACAGGUGUGUCUUUGAAAACAGUACUAAAGCAAUAAUAAGCAUUAGCUGUGUUUUUUUUAAAGCUUUUAUGACUUCUAGGGCAGAAUUAUCUGUGGAGGAAAACAAAGGUGCAAAUGACAGGUGUUGCUUAAGUAAGAAGGGCCGUGGAUGCCCUAAGCAGAGCCUGACUUUUCAGCCUCUUCUUGAACACCACGUACUUCUCAUCCUUUCUUAAUUCCAUCUUGCUCUGGUCCUGGGGUCCCUGUUUCCGAAUGCCAGUGCCAGCCCCCUUCUGAUCAGGUAUCAUCAUUAACGGGUAGUGUGGUAUGCGUCCAGUUUAAUAGAGGACUGAAGGAGAAAUUAGAACCCAAAUAAAGGAGUUUGGAGUACAGAGGUAUUUUAGACAUGGUGGCAGAUAAUAGAAGAAAUAUCUACAUAUUUUAGAACCUGCCAAUGCUUUCAAGUCUUGCUCCCUACUAUACCUUCAUAAGAAUUGUGUCAUCUCCUUAUAAAUGAGGGUCCCUGUGACCCCUGAGUAUUCAUCCUCAUAGCAUCAGUUCCGUAGAAGGAAAUUGCAAUAAUGUAAUUACAAUAAAAAUGACCCCCAGAAAGUGAUUAUUAAUUCUUCACAGGCACAGACAUUUUUCCUAGUACCACUCUUUUCCUAAACCAGGCACAGGUCCUAAAGGUUGAAUCAUUUUACUUGUAGAGGUCUCUAGUCAUUUCCUUGGAUUGCUGUAUUUUCCUGAAGAUAAUACUAUAUAAAUCCAAAAAAAAAAAAAAACAUGCUUUAGAGUCAGGGUAAAUGUAUACAUUGGGACACUUCAGAGUGAUGGGCUUCUGUUAAUAAUGAUGCCAGGAAAAUGUGUGAACUGUGACUGUCCUGAUCAAACUGCUCUGUGUAUCUACCCGUAUAUAGUUUUUUAACAAGAUUUCUUCCAAGAUUAUACAUCAAGGGUUUCUGCUCGUAUAACUUGGCUCAUGAGUACUUGCAGCCUUGUAUGUAUAUAUACAACAAUGACUUCUGUUAAGAAUAUGAAUUUAGGGGUGCCUCAGUGGCUCAGUUGGUUAAGCGUCUGACUCCGGAUCUCAGCUCAGGUAUUGAUCUCAGGGUCGUGAGACUGAGCCCUACAUUGCUCUGUGCUGGGUGUGGAGCCUACUUAAAAGAAAAAAAAGAGAGAAUAUGAAUUUAACCUUAGUAACUUCAUCUGUUGAAUAUUUCCAAGUGUGAUGCAUCAGGAGUCUUUGCCUUUCUGGCUUAUUAAGAUGUUUCUGGUUGCAGGAGGGAAAAAGUCCUGGGUAGAUACACUUCAAUGGGACAUUUGGAGGUAGUAUGGCAGUUUUAGGGUGAGUAUGUCCUACGUGCUCCAUACUACAAAGAUCUGCUUGCUCACAUCCCUCGAUUUGGCUUCCCAGAUGGCAUCAGCUUUAUCUUAAGGCAGACUCGUGGAAGUACAUGUGCUUUGUUCUCCUCCUUGUAGAGACAUGGGAGCUUUUCAGAUAUUCCCCCAGAACUGUUCUUUGUGUCCCAUUGGUCCUAACUAAGUUACAUGCCCAUCUUUUAAAACUCUGUCUUUUGAGUGGGAUUAUGGUUCACUUAGGCCUGACUUCUAGAGCCCGUGAUGGAGUUGGCUUCUCCCAAAGUACAUGUGCUACCCUGGGGAAGUAUAGUUACCUAAACAGAAAUAAGGAGAGUUAUGAAGAGAAGAGGAACUCCUGACUAGCAGACCAAUUACAAUGUCCACUUCACUGCCCCCUGACCACUUGCUAGGCCCAGCAGCUAUCCUACCUGCCUCCCUGCCUCUAGACAGAUGUGUUCAUUCAAGUUGCUUUUUGAUCUUUCUCUUCCUUUGAUGAGCAAAUCUCUCAUCCCUGGGCCUCCUGCUUACUGUCAUAUCUCCUCUGAAUGCCUGAGGUGAACUUCUGAGACUGGAGAUUCUGGAGGGUUGGUGGUCUUAGCAAAGAAAUUUACUGAACUGGAAUGGAUUGUAAUCAAAAUUAAGGAGGCUUCUUUUGCUCCUGAAUGCUACCACUAUUUCUUUUAGGAUGACCUUCAUAAACCUACAGAGAAUGAAAAACAUACUGUUUAUUUUCUUUACUUUGUACCCAUUUCUUACGUUACAUUUUUUCUUACUGAGGUCAGUGCGAACUUGACAAAAUCAUUUAAAAAUGUAGAUUCAUAACUUGUUAAAUGUAAAAGAGCUUUCAUCUCAUUGUGCUCAUUUUAUAGCCAAAGAAAUAGGAGUUCAGAGGGAAAAUGAUUCCUGUAGUUCAUAGCAGACACAUGUCCUUCAUCCCUAUGCUUUUUACUCCUAAUGAUUUAUACUGUGCUUUACAGUUUAUAAGGUUGUUUUUCAAUAUACUGUCAACUCUUGACUAUUUGGAGCCAAUUAACUGUGGUAAAAAAUAAAAUGCUGCCGUUUUUGAAAACUAUAAA